UAUUUAAGCUUGCCGCCACGUUUUUGCCUUUUUAAAACGUGUUGAUUUCUAUUUUGCUUUUGCCUGUAAUGCUUGCCCAGCCUUAACACGGCUACCCCUUCUGCAAGCCUUCCCCGCCGGGGGGGGGGGCAACCUUUUGUGUACUGCUUUUAACAGGUUUUGGAUGGGAAGGACCACAUCCCGCUGCCCUGCGACAGCAAUGCUAAAAUCUCAGGGCUUCCACUUUUUUCUGGCAGCAGCUCUCAUAUCCUCCUCAAAGAACAAAGGAAAUUUUAUCACAGAGAAUGUAAUUCUCAGCCUAAUUUUGGACGUCUAACUCAACACUUUAGUUCUCUGCUAUUAUCCGAAUGGUUUUGGAGGACUAGUUUUCAAACAACUGUACUGCGCAUGUGCCCUUGCCCAAUCCCCGCCGGGCAAAACAGAGCAUGCGCGUCUCAGAAAAGGGGGACGCGGUACACUUUUUCCUGCUACGCAGAGUUCCACCAGCAAGAGGCGGAAGACUUUCGUUUGGCGGCUGCGCAUGCGCCUGGGUGUGGUGGAAAUGGGCGAACUGCCUUCAGCGGCUAUUUUGUCCCGUUUAGGCGGGAAGGUCUGGUAUAGCAUAGAAACAGAACAAGCGGAGCUGGAAGCAGCCCUGUGGGAUCCAGCACAAGGGUGGUCCAAAGUCACCAAGAGACCCCCUUAACAAAGCCAUUUUGAGCUCGAGGGGAGGAGAUCCGCCCAUUCUGCUCCCACGCCACGGGCCUGCAAAAGAGCUGGGGUGAUGAAUGGGACACUGAUUGCAGGCACACCAAUUGCGGUGGAUUUUUGGAGUAUCAGAAAAGCUACCCAUGCUCGCUUGUUCUUUCUUUCCCACAUGCACACUGACCAUACAGUAGGAUUAUCUAGCACCUGGAAUCGACCCAUUUAUUGUUCUCCUGUUACUGGCCAGAUUCUACAUCUCCGGCUGAAGGUGGCCAAGGAAUGGAUCCAUCCUUUAGAAGUGGGAGAAAGCCAUGUCCUGGCCUUGGAUGAAAUUGGCAGAGAGACCAUGACAGUGACUUUAAUAGAUGCUAACCACUGUCCUGGAUCUGUUAUGUUUCUCUUUGAAGGCUACUUUGGGGUCAUUCUCUACACAGGUGAUUUCCGUUACACUCCAAAUAUGCAGCAAGAACCAGCUCUGAAGAAUGCAAAGCUUAUCAACAUCCUCUAUUUGGAUAAUACCAACUGUAAUCCUCAGCUUGUUUUACCGUCCCGGCAACAAGCCACAGAGCAGAUCAAAAAGAUCAUCAGGGAACACCCCUUUCACCUGGUUAAGAUUGGUACCUACAGCUUGGGGAAGGAGUCACUCUUAGUGGAACUGGCCCAAGAAUUCCAAACAUGGAUAGUAGUGAGUCCCCAGAAGCUAGAGCUAAUGCAGCUGCUUGAAAUGGAUGAUGUGUUCAGUUAUGAGGAAGAAGCUGGUUGGAUUCAUGCUGUGGAUUUCUCAGAAAUCUGCCAAGCAACUAUGCUCAGAUGGAACCAACAUCAUCCAACGAUAGCCAUUCUCCCUACCAGCCGGCCAGUGAAGAUCAACCACCCUGAUGUCUUUGUUGUUCCUUACUCAGACCACUCUUCUUUCCCAGAGUUGCUGGAGUUUGUAUCUUGGCUAAAGCCCUGUUUCAUAAUCCCAGUGGUAAAACGUGAGGCAUGUCAGACUUAUUUCCAACAAUACUUGAAAUCUGGGAAUUACUCAGUUCUGGAGUCCCAAGUUCCUGAAUCAGUGCAAAGAUUCAUGCAAAACAAUAAGAAAUGGGAAAGCACCUUAAAGUUGCAAAAGGCACCAAACUAUCAUCAUGUGCCCAAGGGAGUUUUCUUUGACUCUCUAGAGGAAUGUACUAGAGAGACUGAAAAUGACUCUGAUACAGAAGUUUCCCAGCAGAGCUGCCUAGAGUCUAUAAAGAAAUCUGUACCUUACUCUAUAGAAAGGUGUGCUGGCCAUUCUCAGUGGAAGAAGGAACAAGAAGAAACAAUGGAGAACCAGAAUGACAUUGAGAACCAGAGAACUCUUUCUCCAUUGAAGUCUAAACUUGUGACAUCUACCAAACAUCAGUUGAAGGACAAUGUUGAUCAGUUUGAAAGUUGUCAGACAGCUGCAGUGACAGUGUAUGUACGUACUCAGUUGCAGCCUGGGAGAGAUGGAUGUUCCACACCAAAAAGGUCCCCUUAUGUUUUAGCGGACAGUGACAGGCUAUUCCAGCUGGCCUCGGAAGAACAUGUCUCUUCAGCAUCACUGCUUACUGAUCAGACUAGCAGAGACAAUACAUUAGCUUCUUCAAAGCAACCACACUCCCAACCUGUCAGCGAGCAGGCUUCACCAGACCUCUUUAAGGAAUACGACUUAUCUCCACUUAACACACCAAAGCAGUGCUCCCUACAAAACUUUGAUUGGAAUGUUGAAAACUACCUAAAGAGAGGGAAGGGGCCUAAAGGGCAAAUGCACAACAAGAUAAAAAAUUGAUCUUAAAAGACAGAACCAUUAAUUAAGUGCCAAGAACAGAUACAUGUGGCAUGAUUGUGUAUGUAAUGAUUCUCAAGCAGGGUUUAGGACCUUGUUCAAUGCCAGUUCCUCCAGAAUCAUCUGUGAAAAGAGAUCCCAUCUGACUGUUGUCAGGAUAAGAUGAAUCUGCAGAACAGGCAGCAUGUUUCAGUUAUUUGGAAACUUUAUAGUCUAGCAUGGCUGCUCACUCAUAUUGAUCUGGCCAUUGUACCAGCAAUUUAAAACAUUUAGCUUCACUUUCCCACUGAUGUAAAUGUAUUAAGUGGGUUUCCUAUAGUAUCUCUCAAUUUAUUAAACACUAUAAAUAUUUGUUUAAUUCUUUUUAAUAUGGGUAUGCUUACUUUUUAAAGCUUUUGAAUAGUCUUUUUAAUGAUGUGAACUGCCUUGGAGUAAAAUAUUUUAAAUUAAAUAAAUAAAUGUGGGAGGGCUGUCUGUGAAUUAAAGACAGAUCUGGUUGUCAUCUGUAGCAAUAAUACCGACUUGAGAAGCAGAUAGUUCCAGAUAAUA